AUGUACAAUGGCUUAGAAGCCGCCCAUGCCUGGCAUACCGCCCAUUCCUGGAGCUGGAGCAGCAGGCUUUGGAUCUGGGACAUCCACAAUGGCACACUCGGUGGUGGCCAACAAGGAAGCCACACCAGCAGCGUCCACCAAUCCGUUCUUGACAACCUUGAAUGGAUCAAUAAUACCAGCAGCAAUCAUGUCGGUGAAUUGUCCCUUGGAAGAGUCGUAACCCUUGUUGAAGUCUGGCUCGUCGUAGAUCUUGCCCACAAUCACAGCAGCCUCCUCACCGGCGUUUUCAAUGAUUCUCUUGGCUGGCUUGGUGAUGGCAGCCUUGAUGAUCUCAACACCCAACUUUUGGUCAAAGUUUUCUGCCUUGGCCUUGACGUCGUCCAAGAUUCUGGUGGCCUUGAUCAUGGCAGUACCACCACCUGGCAAAAUACCUUCCUGGACAGCAGCUCUGGUGGCGUUGAGAGCAUCGUCGUAUCUGUCCUUCUUUUCUCCAACCUCAAUCUCAGAGGCACCACCAACCUUAACCACAGCAACACCUCCAGACAACUUGGCCAAUCUCUCCUGCAACUUCUCCUUUUCGUAUUCGGUGGUGGCAAUGUCCUCCAUGGCAGUUCUAAUCUGCUCACAUCUGCCUUGAAUGUUGUCCUUGCUUCCUUCGCCGUUCAAGAUAACAGUGUCCUCCUUGGUGAUGGUGAUGGAGCCAGCGGAACCCAAAAGGUCAAUAGUGGCGUUUUCUGGUUUGAUGUCCAACUCCUCGGUGAAGACGGUACCACCGGAGAGGAUGGCAAUAUCACCCAAAGUGUUCUUUCUGUUGUCACCGAAACCUGGAGCCUUGACAGCACAAACUUGAACUUGACCACGCAAUUUGUUCAAGAUACAAGCAGCAAGAGCCUCGCCGUCAAUGUCUUCAGCAAUGAUCAACAAAGGUCUUCUGGUCUGGUUGGACAACUCCAAAGAAGGCAAAAUGUCUUGGAUGGAGGAGAUCUUCUUCUCCGACAACAUGAUCAAUGGGUUCUCAAACUCCACCUUGCCGUUCUUGGUGUUGGUGAUGAAGUAAGGCGAGAUGUAACCACGGUCAAACUUCAUACCUUCGGUGACUUCCAACUCGUCUUCCAAAGUCUUUCCUUCCUUAACGGUGAUGACACCUUCCUUUCCGACCUUCUCCAUGGCGGAGGCCAACAAUUGACCAAUGUGAGCAUCACCGUUGGCGGAAAUGGUGGCCACCUGGGCGAUUUCCUCGGAAGUGGUGAUUUCCUUCUUGUUUUGUUGCAAAAAGUCAACCACAGCCUCGACGGCAGCCUGGGUUCCUCUUCUCAAGUCCAUAGGGUUGCAGCCGGCAGCGACGUUCUUCACAGACUCGGUGAAGAUGGAACGGCCCAAAACAGUGGCAGAGGUAGUACCGUCACCUGCAGACUCGUUGGUCUUGGAAGCAACUUCCUGCAACAACUUGGCACCCAUGUCUUCGAACUUGUCCUCCAAAGUAAUGGAUUUGGCAACAGUCACACCGUCCUUGGUGAUCUUGGGCGAGCCAAACAGCUGCUCAAUGAGAACAUUACGGCCUUUUGGUCCCAAAGUGACGGAAACGGCGUCAGCCAAGGUGUUGACACCUUUCAAAAGGGCGGCUCUACCUUCAACACCGAACUUGAGCUCCUUAUGGGAGUAGUUACGGAGAAAAUUUUUGGCAACGGUAGCACGGGCUCUCAACAUGGGGAAAAGUGGUGA